CUUCUCACGCCCGGGACGCGCCUCCCUCCUGCAGCCUAGCCCUGCCAGCGCCGCGUCCCCGCCGCCGCCUGCUCCCGCCGGCCGGGUCGCAGCCGGAUCAUGGAACUCGGGGACCCCCGCGAGCCCCGCGAGCCCCGCGAGCCCAGGCCAGGGGCAGAGACCGCGGCGGCCCCGCGAUGGGAGGAAACCAAGACUUUCUACGAUAACCUCGCGCCCAAGAAGAAACCCAAAUCGCCCAAGCCUCAGAAUGCCGUCACCAUUGCUGUGUCCUCCCGAGCCUUGUUCCGCAUGGACGAGGAGCAGCGCAUCUACACGGAGCAGGGCGUGGAGGAGUAUGUGCGCUACCAGCUGGAACAUGAGAAUGAGCCCUUCAGCCCCGGGCCAGCCUUCCCCUUCGUGAAGGCUCUGGAGGCUGUGAACAGGCGGCUGCGGGAGCUGUACCCCGAUAGUGAGGACAUCUUUGACAUUGUCCUCGUGACCAACAACCACGCUCAAGUGGGUGUCCGUCUCAUCAACAGUAUCAACCACUACGACCUGUUCAUUGAGCGGUUCUGCAUGACAGGUGGGAAUAGCCCCAUCUGCUACCUCAAGGCCUAUCACACCAACCUCUACCUGUCAGCUGAUGCGGAAAAAGUGCGGGAAGCCAUUGAUGAAGGGAUUGCAGCCGCCACCAUCUUCAGCCCCAGCAGGGACGUGGCUGUAUCCCAGAAUCAGCUGCGCGUGGCCUUCGAUGGGGAUGCUGUGCUCUUCUCCGAUGAGUCGGAGCGCAUCGUCAAGGCCCAUGGGCUGGACAGGUUCUUCGAGCACGAGAAGGCCCACGAGAACAAACCUUUGGCUCAGGGCCCCUUGAAGGGCUUUCUAGAGGCACUGGGUAGGCUGCAGAAGAAGUUCUACUCCAAGGGCCUGCGGCUGGAGUGUCCAAUCCGUACCUACUUGGUGACGGCACGCAGCGCGGCCAGUUCUGGGGCCCGGGCUCUCAAGACCCUGCGCAGCUGGGGCCUGGAGACAGACGAAGCCCUGUUCCUUGCGGGAGCGCCCAAGGGCCCCCUCCUUGAGAAGAUCCGCCCACACAUCUUCUUCGACGACCAGAUGUUCCAUGUGGCUGGGGCUCAGGAGAUGGGCACAGUGGCCGCCCAUGUGCCUUACGGCGUGGCACAGACACCCCAGCAGGCUGCACCUGCGAAGCAGGCCCCAUCUGCACAGUAGCUGAGCCGCCAGCUCCAGGCACAGCCCCCUGUCAUAUACUUCACCAUGUCGUCCAGUGGACCCUUCUAGUUCCUCACCACUCUGUCCUACACGACUGCUCCCAUCCCCACGAGUGAGAGACUGGUGGGGAAUUAUGUGAACUGAGCCAGAAUUCUCACCAGCCCCUCUUUUGGGCAAACACUGUGCCAUGAUUCCGGCAAGGAGAGGAAGACUGCAGAGUAGCUGGGUUGCAGAGAAAGUUGAGGGAACGAGGGUGGCAGGUCAGAGGAGCCAGGGUGGGGCCUGGUCAGAGGAGCCAGGUAAGAAGGGAAGGGCCCUGAGAUGAAAACCAGCUCAGUGGGAUGCAAGGAACAUGGCUUUGAGAGAGAAGGCAUCUGGCUUCUAAGCUCCGUCCUGGCAUUAGCUGUCUGACUUCGGGUAAGUCCCUCCCUUUCAUGGCCCUCAGUUCCCCCAUCUUGUAGGUGGUUUUCAAAGUCUCCUUCAGCUCAAGAAGCUUGGUUUAAUAAGAUUGCCCUGUGAUAGGGCCGCUGCUAGUCCGUAUGGUACAUUUGUUCAAUUAGAGAAGAGCACUGUCUCUAGAAUGAAUUUCAAAAAGACGGCCCUUCCUGGGGGUUGGCCCAGACCCACACUGGGGUCCUUGCCUUGCUCGGCAGCAUGUAGCCUGUUUUUCAGCCCCCACUGGCUCCUCAGGCCAGAGGCCUUUGUCAGAUGGGCAAAAUGCACAAUUGUCUGCAGCAACCCUACCUCUAAUGCCACACGUUUGGAAACCACUGGACAGGAUGACCCAUCUGCUCCCUGUGAUCCUCUACUCUGAGUCAUGCACCAGGGGUCAGCUGCCAGGGGCAGGGUUGGCGGAAGGAGAGAGGAGCCAAUUUAACCUGCGCGCAAGCUCUCCUUCCACCAGCAGGGGGCACUGCAAGCUCUCCCAGGGAGGAGUGGUGGUGGCAGCCUGCCUAGUGCUCCCUUUGCUUUUGCUUUCAGCCAAAUUUCCUUUUGUUCCUGCCUCCCAACCCCCUCAGCUCAGCCCCCCCUCCUCCCUCAAUGAUCGCAUCCUGCUGUGCUGCCAAGCAGCUCCGCCAGUGGGGGAAGAGGUGGGGUUUUGGGUUCACUGUUGUGGACCCAAAUGCAGAGGAAGAAAGCUCAGGGGCUAAAGGGGGAGGUAGUCCUGCCUGCGUGGGAGGGAAGGCCCACCCCGGGUGACGUGGGAAGGUCGGAUCUGAGACAGUGACCAGCUAGAGAGCAAGGAGCUGAAGUGUGUGCACUAGCAAGAUUCUCCAGCUAUGGGACUGCGAGCGGAAGUACUGAGCUCUCUGUCACUGGGAUGCUGUGCAAGGGACUCCGGGAUGAAGUGACCUCCCCCUGCAGCGCCCCAGUGGAUCCUCCACCCUUGCAGGAGCCUCUGCAGCCCCUUUGUCACCACUUCCCGCGGAGAACUCUCACUCCUUGAUGAAUCAGCCUCCUCCUUUGCAGACGAGCCUGGCUCUCCUUAUGAAGGGAGGGUGGGGACACUGAGAACUUGUCCCUCAGGAAGACCCAGAAAGGGUGAGCAGCUGUCUGUGUGAGCGACUGAUUGCCUGGCUCCGAGAAGAAUCCCAGCGUGAGCAAGCACUCCGUGAAGCAAGCCACAGGAACCAUCAUAGGGACAGGAGCCUGGAGGUGUGUGCAGGAGGGUUGGACGGCUUAUGAGGGCGGGAAAAGGGGAUGAAGGGCCAUGUGGGGCUUGACCUUCUGACCUUUGUCAUUUUGAGGACUCGGCUCAGAGUCCGAAUGGGUAAUGGUUCUGGGCAGUGUAGGGCAGGGUAGUAGUUAGAGAAAGAUAAUCCAGGAUGGAGAAAAAAGUGGGAAGACAGAGGUGGUUCUUAAAAUGUGCAACAGUUGGGGCCAGAAGAGAAGUGCUGGGUCUGAUUUUCACUCUGUGUCGGGGGCUGCAGGGAAACUGGGGGUUGGGGGGUAGGUCUAGACCAUACUAAGUGCUUGGGGCAGACCCCGCCAAUGACUGCCUUAUCACAGGAGGGGCAGGAUUCUUCCAGUCAACAGAGGACGCCUCAGGGCAGAGGGUCUGGUUUUUGAGCUCCUCCCUCUGCUCCAAGCCCAGAGAUAGUGAGACCUAAGAACAGCCUGCAGGAAAGACAGUGAGAGAGGCAGUUAUGUUUGAUCUUGACUAGACCACAAAAGGGCCUCUGUCCUCCCCCCCAUCAGAAUCGCCCCCUUGGAUGAGCCUCUAGGGCUCACAGAGCCAGCCACAGCCAUAAGCAGCCUGCAAAGCUGGGCACAGCCGAGGUUCAUGGAAUAGUAUCAGGCUGGAUGACCAGGGCAGACAUGUAUAUUAGGUAGCAGAUGGCGCCUAAUUAAGAUAAACCCCAGGGCUUCUGGGAACCAAGAGGUCCUGCUUCCAGAACCUAGUGAUAAACAGCCCUGAUUCUUCUAAGUCUCUCAGGAAGCAGAAAAAUAUGAUGCUGGAAGCAGAAAGAUAAGGUGUAGUAAAAGUCGUGAUUUCACUGGAGCCACUAGUAAUAGACAUGGAUAGCCCUGGGCAGUGAGCGACACUGGGGUCCAAUUCUAUUAUUAAAACCCUAAAUGAGCAUCUCAGGCCUGGAAAACAGCCUUCAGUGGCUACAAAAGCCAGAAUCCUGGAGGCAGGCGAGGCAGCAGCCAGACACACGUUCUGAUUGUUUCCAGUGGCGAGGAGAAGCUCCGGGGCAAGGAACAUCCUUGAUUGUCUCACCAGGCAAAUUAAAAAGACAGCUGAGCACGAAAGCCCCCACUGGACUGCAGCACUGGGGCAGAGGGGCCACAGCUCCUGAAAUGCUGGACCCCUGUAAGCCAACAGUCCCGCUCCCUGACAAGUCCUGUGGAACACUUCCCAGGAAGUGCUUGCCAACAUAAGUCCCAGACCCAGAGGAAACUGCCACUGAACAGAACAACAAGCCCUGUUCUAUGCACUGAGGCUGUUAAGAUCAAUGCAGAACUCCUCCCUCCUUUUCCUGAGUGCCCAAUCAGAAUGGUGGGGAUGCAGCAGAAAAUGCCAGAAGAAAUCAAAACCAGCAAGAAGUUCAAACCCGCGGUGGAUCUGGCAUUACAAUGAUAUUCAACUGGUGUAACUGGUGUGCACCAGUACACUAAACUGGUGAUAAAGGUAUUGAAAUACCUCCAUAACAGUUAGUAAAUAGCACUGGCCUGAGCCCGAGUGACCUUCCAUGGCCUCAGCUGCCCUGGCCAUCUUCCACUGUGACAAUGCCAUCUUCCCACAGUUCAACCAGAGGGGCGUCCAGGAGGCUGCACCAGCACGAUGGUCAUCGUCCAUUCGACUUAGAGACACGUGCCCAAAGUCACGCAGCUAGUAAGUGGCCGCACUGGUCCUCAAGCGCAUGUCUGUUUAUUGGGACCCAGGCUCUUAGCCAUUCUGCCAUCCAGCCCAGACAGCAUAGAGGUGGCCAGAGAAGCUUCAUGACAAAGUGGGUACAUGUUUGUUGCAGUUUCCUAAAUAGCUAAGAGGGAUUUAAAUUAGAGCCAAACGUUUGUAGAACUCCUGAAGCACCUCCAGACAUCCCCCCCCCCCCCCCGCCCGCCACCCUUCCCUGGAGCCCAGCUUGAAGACCUUUGUAUUGGGCUAAUGCAGGGUUUGGCAAAUUAUGGGCCACACCUAGCUCACCACCUAUUCUUGUAAAGAAACUUCUAUUGGAACACAGCCAUGCCCGUCGGUUCACAUAUGUCUAUGGCUGCGUUUGCACACAACAGCAGAGUUGACUUCUUUCAACAGAGAACAAGGAGCUGAAAAUAUUUAUCUGACCCUGGGCUAAGGCAAACAUCUCCAGUCUGCCCCAUACUGGGAGAGACCAGCUCACAUCCACCUAAGCAGUGGAGUUAGAUGCUGGUUUUACUGCCAGAAAGGGGAGCGUGGGGGUGGGGGUUCCAUGCCCAUCAAUGAGCAUCAUUAGGGUUGCAGAAAAUUUCAGGCCCCACCCAGCUAAGUGCCUUGACGUUGCAACCGACUCUUGGCAUUUGAGGAUUUUAGAUUUCAAGUUUUGACUAUUUUCAAGUGACCCAUGGCCUGUUGUAAUUUGAAGUGUUGAUCCACAAAUUUGACUUGAACGUGCCCUCCUAAACAGACGGGUGAGGAGCAGGGAGCGGGACCCCUGGUGAGGGCUGAGCCCAGAUGGCUGUCCAACACCUGACCAACAUGGCUUUGUAAGUUUGUCAUUGCCCUCAUGGGGCCUCUCGGGAAGUGACAAGUGCUGGUAGAUGGAUGGGUUUCGCUAAAUAUUAGUUUUGGAUAAAGCAAAGUGCCCAAUGUUGACUUCAGCACUCUGAUCUGACAGGUCAUUUGCAAGCUUUCUGUGGAAGCAAGAACAAGUUCUUCAUGAAGAGUUUCAGUGAGGGCUUUAGCUGGCGCAGAUGUUACUGAUCAAGCAAGAGAUAAAACUCCAGCAAAAGUCAGAGCGGCAAUUGUCUUGUGCUAUGCGGGUGUGAGUGACAAACACACAUACCCUCGCGGUGGAAUUGUGCAUCACGAGAAAUCUAGGACCCUGCAGGUUAGGAACUUACCACGGUUGCAGAAUCCACUGCAAGAAUGGCAAGUGUGGAAGUGGUCCCACCUGUAGACAUCACUGUUCCAUCAUGAUACUCUUCUCCCAUAUGCCCAGACUUGGCCUCAGAAGCCUUCUCAACCCAGCCUUCCAGGCGGCCCCUACCAGUGAGUUAGAGUUGGCAUGAAAGAUGAAACACUAUUUUGACAUCCCUGUUGGUGUUGGGCAUUGCUUUCCAGAGGGCAUUCAAGGCCCUGAAUGUUCAUUCUCUGAUGCCGUGGUACAACUCAGGACGCCGGGGUCUCACCCCACUAGGGCAGAACACAAGGAGGAGGGGGGAUGGCAUCCUGGGGCUGGUGGCUUCUCUGGAUCCCCUGCCUGGGAAACUACUGGGUUUCACCAUUUUGAGGCAAAGUACAAUACCCUGUCCCGCCAGAAGAUGGCACUACAGGCCAGAGUUGGUAGUUUUAUUCACGGGUUGAUUUUUCUCUCCUGUGUUAGUUGGUGCUGUGCUAGAUUCCUGCAGGAAAGGACUGAAAAUUUCCUGUGUGACAAGCUGGUUGCUCUUACCAGCAACCACUGUGAUUGUGUGUUUGGACACAUUCAUCUGAGUGUGCACAACAGGAUAAAAACUGCAUGUAUGUUUGUUUAUGUGAGUGUGUAAUGGGUCAGAUAUAUCUACUGACAACUGUGUGUGUGUGUGUGUGUGUGUGUGUGUGUGGACAGCGGACAGGAUGGUUAUCUCUGUUAACUAAGGAUCCUGGGCCCCCCAUACUAUGGCCAGCCCUGUUUCCUGGGACUGCUUCUGGCCAUUCCCAUCAUCUCAUGAGCAUUUGCACAUGUGCAGCAUGGGGCCACUUAUCUUUCUUGCCAGCUUCCAGACUCUGGCCAACAAGAUCUUGACUUAUAAUCCUCUACCUCUCAGUCCUACAUCCUGCAGUCUUGGGAAAGAAGUGGUAGAAUCUGUGCUAGGACACCCCUUUGGACUGCAUUUGCCUCACCAUUUCCACUUAUUUCUUUUCUCCCCCUAAUAGUCCCGGGGUUAACACGUACAGUUGGGCAGAUUGUAUACUGCACGAAUCCAGAUGGUGUCAUUCACACUAUGACAUGAGUGGAGCUUUCUUAACACCUGCAAAAACUGCCAACCUCACGCAGCUGUCCUGGUCAUCUCAUGGUCAUGGCCAGAAAAGCUACCUUCUUCCCUGCUCCCCUGGCCCAGCCCGAUCUAGGCUGGGAUUCCUUUCUCUGCUUGGGUGUUCUAGUCUGGCCCAGAAAUGACUAACUCUUGGCCUUCAUCGGGAAGUAUCUCCCCAAAGCCUUUGGGAUUGAAUUUAUGAAAGUGAAAUAUGGCUGGCCACUUUUCAGUUAUUCAUCUUCUUAGGAUUAGAGGUCCCUGUAAGACAAAUGAAAGUUCUACAGACUGGGGUUACCGCCUCCCAUACUCCUGGAUUGUGGGUGAAAAUGCCUCCGUGGGUCCACUGUUAAGAUGGGUCCACCAUGGAAUUAGGAUAAAGGCCUCAAGGCUAAGCUUGUAGCUUCCACCAGGUAGAAAAUCAUGAGGUCACCACGGACUGGGUGUCUGGGCCUGGUCACAAGGGCCUCCACGGACCAGGCAGGAAACAUAAAUGACAGAAGAGAGGCAGAGUCUUUAGUGAAAGGGAGCGUGCAUAUGCUGUUGUCUGACACGGUUUCUGCCACAUGGGAAUGUGUGCUGGUGUGGCCAGAUAUCCCCACCCCGUUUUUCAAGAGAAGCUAAAAAUCUGGACUUUUAAAUGUUGGCAACUCUUUUGAAUUUGGAAAGCACUGCACAGGCCAAACAAAACACAUCCUGCAGGCUCAAGCCAGCCCUGGAGUCGCCUGUCUGCACCUUCUGGCCCAGGCCCAGUGAACUGGGUUCUUCAGAACCGACUAACUGAGCAUGUAAGGGUAUUUUACUCAGGCUCCCAGAGUUUAGGAUCUUUAAGAGACCUCAGAGAUAACCUAGUUCAUCCCUGUGUGUUUUAAACUGUGUGCAUAUCAAGUACUUUAUUAGCAUGUGUAUCUUUAGCUUCUGGUUUCUCCUUAAAAAGCAUCUCAGUCCCCUUCCCCCCCUCAAUAUAGAACAAGAUUUAAAGUGAAGCCUUAUACAUAGUGUGCUUGUAUCUACUUGACUGAAGCCCUAUUUAUAUCUUUAUAGGUCUAUUUAUAUCUUUGGCAAACAUGGGCUGCCCUGGUCUUCCUUACAACCUAACCUCCUUGGGUUGUUUUUUAUGGUAAAUCUCCUAAGUGCCUCCUUAAACGGUUGGAGCAUGCGCUUCGUUAUCUAUGUGAGUUCCCUUGUCUGAGGAGGGGGUGAGACAGCUCAUACGUUUUCAGCUCAGCCCCUCUAUGGUCUGCCAUCAGCCCUCCCCGGGCCCCAGCUCUGUCGGGCUCACAGCAUUUACCCAGUCACGUGAUACAGGGUGCUGUGUGCUUGUCAGCGUGGAUCCCUCUCAUUCCUCAUGCUUGUCCUAUACCUGAAUUUUACAACAUGAGCUUCUGCCUCAUAAAAGCCAUUCAAAUAAAUAGAUGACUUUUAAAAUAAA